AUGUCAUCAAAUAUGACAGUUCCUGUUGUAGCACAUUUAUUUACAAGCACUGUACCAUUUAUUGUUCAAAACUUUCGUAACAAACGACAAUUAUGGCAGGAUUAUGCUUAUGAUAGCUAUUACGGAUAUGGAUUCCAAUGGAGUCGAAUAAUCACCAUUAUCCUAAUAUUAAUAGCAUUAUUUCUAUGUUGCUUGGUACCUUGUAUGUGUGCACUUGGGAUAUGGUUUGCUGGUUGGUUUGGAUUACGUAAUCAUGGUGCCAACAAAAAUAACAUUACUUCUCCAAUCGCUGCAAAUACUUACACACAACAACAACCCAUUGUACCACAAGCAACCAUGGUACCACAAAAUCCCAUACCAUCCGAACCAGGGAAUUCUCGAGAACGUAUGGAUGCUUAUAUUUAUGAGGAAAAACGUAGCGAUCGCUACUACCACCGACCUCCAUCACCACGCCUACAUGAUGAUUACCGACGACAUUUUACAUCAUCUAGAUUAUAA